AUGUGUCCGUAUGCUGCCAUCUUGACUCCUGGGCUAAAUUUAAAUCCCCAGAUCUCUUUAUGUGCUCUGUCUGGUGACACCAAGUUAAAAACUGUGCAGGGAAUCGUGACAAAGUUCUGUAGUGACUAUGGCUUGAUCAAUGAGUUGAUCUACUUCAGUAGUUUUGAGCCUUCUCAGGGUGACCGAGUAGAAGUUGAGUUUUCCACCCAUCCAGACACGCGGAGCAGAAAGGCCCUCUCAGUGAAGCCUCUGUGACACAAGCACGUGCACGAGGGCUGCAUUACUAGCCUACAGGGAAGAAAUGGGGUGGUAGAUGAUACUAUCUUUUUCACCCUGGAUUCUCUGAAACUUCCUGAUGGCUACAUACCUCAAGUAUCCGAUGUCGUCGAUGCGGUCGUGGUGGAGAGCAUUCAGUCCUGCUAUGUUUGCAGAGCAAUUCCUAUGACUCUAGGGCCGGCCCAGCAGUACUUUACUUUGAACAUUUUGCCUCAGGGCUAUGUUGACUCUGAGGUCUUUGCCACCAUUUUGAAUGCAGGGUCCUUGAUCAUCUUACUCUCCUCAGUGCAGCACCUGCUUUCCCUGACUGGAUGA